CUAUGCUAUUUGAGCCACGCCUCCAGCAUCUGAAUAUCCGACACAAUGGCAUCUUGUUGCUCCAGUUAUACACCUUUGGCAUACAUUUGGACUGUCCUUUCCGUCAUAGCUGCACUCCUGUGUCCUUUUGGCCUCUACUUCUCGAACUGGCUGGAAAGAGUCUCGCCGGACGGUAACUCAAUAACCUCACUGUCCAGCUUUAGAAGAUGUCCCAACGAUACCUCACAGAUAUCAGUUGCGUGCGAGGAGUACCUCAGCUUUGGGGAAAUAUACUCGGCGGCGUGGCAGGCAGUAACACUCUUAUUUGGAUUAGGUGCUUGUCUAUUGAUACUGGUUGCAUUGACCAGCUUAUUUGGAUUGUGUAUAAGACACUUAUUCAAUAAAUGUGUGGGAAUAAUAACGAUAACAUCACAGACCAUUGGAGUUCUGCUAUACAUUGCUGGAAUACUUGUCUUUCCUGUUGGGUGGAAUAGCCCGCGUGUGACAUCACUCUGUGGUCUGAAUUCAGGUUUAUAUAAACUAGGAGAUUGUAGAAUCGGUUGGGCUUUUAUUGUUAUCAUUAUUGGUACUGCUGUGGCUUUAGUGGCGGCUAUACUGUCAUGGACACCACUGAUAAAGAGAGAAAAGGAUAGAAGCAGACGUAGCAACAAUGACUUGACAGUCCCUUAUACUGUAUGAAAGGAGGACAUUGUGUGAUACAUGUAUGUAUUGAUUGAUUUGUUUCGUCUUUCUGUGUUUGAUUUAUACUCUUUGUAUGACCCCAAAUCUUUUUAAGUGCUCUUCAAACUAUGAUUAUUAACAUGAGAUUUUACCAUUUUUAUCCUUAAUCUUAUUAUUAUUAUUAUUAUAAAAAUAAUUAAUGACAUUUCUAACUGACACCAACUAAUAUUAGCGACAAUAGUAAUAUUUCUGUAAUUAUUUAUUGUGCUGCUUUAAUAAUUA